UACAAUUUUCUGACAUCGACUUCAGUUACGACUUUGGUGUGUAAGGAAACAAAUCGUUUGCAUAGCUAGACAAUAAAUAUUAAUAUUUUUAUAAAUAUUUUUUUAACUAAAUUACACCGGCUAAGUGAGACGUUAAACUAAAACAUAUAAAAUGAGUGUAAUCCUUUCGACUGUCAAGUGUUUUGUAUUCGCUUUUAAUUUUUUUAGUUUGAUACUUGGCAUUUGUAUUGUUUGUUUGAACACUUUCGGCUUGGAGUAUGCCAUACCGAAUACGGACGAGCACACCUACUGUAUAGUUGGUAUCAUUUUGGGCUCUUUUGUAUGCAUGGCCACGCUUUUUGGCUGUUAUGGUGUUGUCUGCGAGUCGUUAGGCGUCAGUGUAAUUUACUCGUUCUUCAUGCUGAUGUUGUUGGCAGCACAAUUGCUGCAAAUGCAGACGUAUAAACAUCAGAAGUUCUUCACGAAUGCGCUGGAUCUGCUGGAGGACGCAUGGGAUGAAGUUGGUGUAGAUCCAGAGACAAUGCACUCGGUGGAGUUAAAUGUAAGUGAAGUGAAGUAAUGUUUUUUUUAUUCUUUGUUAAGAUGACUUA